AUGUCCAGCAAUUAUGAAAAAAGUGGAAUUCGGUAAUAUCACGGAUGGCUUACAAAGACAAGGCUCGGAAAGAGAAUUGAUGAAGCAAAAGCACAAUAAUAACGAUGGGUCUUAGGAAAGGACGAAGCUAAAGUAAAAUCAUAUGUGAAUACUAGAAUGUUAAAUCAAAGACUGUAAACGCAGAGUAAUGAAAAUCCUAUAAGAACAGACUUGUCUACUGCAGAGGGAUUGCAACUAUAGGAGAAUAAAUCGGAUGAUAAAAAAUAAAAAUUUGACAAAUUAAAAAGGUAACCACCAACCUUCUUUGAAAAGAUUCCCAAGGAUCCAAUCACAUUGAUGAAUUCAACUAGAAAAAAUAAAUACAUCUAAAUAAAUAUAUUAGCGAAAUCAAAAUAAGCAGUAAAAGAUCAUAUAGUAAAUCACAAUUUACAACAGCAAUCUCCAGCAUAGGAUUCUGCUGUUAGAGAACUUUUGGAUAGUUUCCAGACUUAAUUCAAUUUUAGGACUGCUAUAGAUGCCAAAAAGAAGAGACAGGUAGAAGAUCUCAAAGCAAAAUAUCUUAAGACAUUUUUCAUAAAAAAUAUCCCCACCAGGGACAAAGUUGUUUACAAGUACUAUGGGGAAAACCAAUUUAAUUGUUUCACAAAUAGGGAUGAACAGUAUAAAUUGUUUAGGAGUUAAAUGAAAAAUGAGUGUUCUCAAAAACCAUUUACCUAAUCGUUUUAGACUCAAACUCAAACAUUUUGUAAUGAAAGUAAUGGCUGCACUGGAUAUUGUUAGUAUCUUAAGGAACUAUACAAGAAGAAUCAUUAGAGUCUUAAAAAUUUGUCCGAACUAACCUCCUCGAAUUGA